AUGGCAUCUUCUAAACUCGACGACUUGGUGGCGGAGUUUCCUCUCCUUGACCCCACAGUCGUCAUCGCAAUCGCAAGUGAGCUGGACCUCGGCGAUGCUAGCCAGUUCAAUGACGUCCGAACCAUGCUCCAGAGCCUUGCUCAGGAUGUAUUAGUUGAAGAGGCAAGCGGAUUCAAUGCCAGUGGCGUUCCCGAUGCCGUCAGUUCCAACGAUACGGGAACAGACACCCGGGACGGCUCUACCAACGUAUCUGAUGGCUUUCAGCUUAGGGACUCCGACUCUAUCGUUAGCAGAGUCACGAGCCCGCCUCCUCCCGAUGAGCUCGAGUACGACGUCCCCCGCAUUGAGUCUUUCGACGGGGACUCGGAGCAGGAGAAGCUGCACCAGCUCCAAGAGAUGUUUUCUGAUCUGAAAUCGCAUGACGUCAGCUUUGCUCUCAAAAAGGCACAGGGAGACUUUCAGAUGGCACUGGAGACAUUACUGAACAUACAGUUCCUUGAAUCCAUCGGAGAGAGACCCAAGGGCAUUGAUGGCUUCUUCCAGCCAGAGAAGCAAUCGAAACCCUCCGGAAAGAAGAAGGGCAAGGGAAAGAAGCGGAAGGGCUUGCUUACAGAUCUGUCGUCGAGCUCCAGCAGCAUCAGCGACACAUCGCCAGUUACUGAAGACAAUGAAAAAGUUGAGAAGAUCCUAUUCAUUGCAGAGAAACUCGACCUGCCAUUUGAGGAGGUCUCUACCGUAUUUGACUCUCACAAAGGAUCAGUGGAACGUACCGUUAUUGAGUUUCUAGAAAGAUACACCAAGCAAGGCGUUGUAGUCGAGAACAGCGACAGUCCAUAUGGAAAGCAGCAUCUGCAUGAGCUGAAGAAACAGUAUCGACACAUACCCGAGCAGCUGCUGUCGCCUCUGGUCGAAGUCACUCGGAGCGAUCACAAAUGGACGGAGGAGGUUGCCACCUUGCUGAAUCGUUACUUCGGCAAACUUCCCGCUCAGCGCCUGAAGAUCGACUACAAGCUGGCACCCCUGACAACCGAAGAGGUUGAAGGCUCGUCAGAGGGUUGGCAAAAGGUGGCGUCACCAAAGACGCCGGGCAUGUCCCCGAUUGUGCGGCCGCUGAACAGUCCAACUCUGAACAGCCCGACGUAUGCGCCCCGCACUUACAAGCAAGCUAUGGACACCGCCGGAGUGUAUCGCGAGGCGAGCAGUCAUUCGUUCAAUACCGCCGGCCAAGUCUACAAGAAGGGCCACUUGUACAGACAGGCAGCAGGAUUCUUUGCAGACCGCGGUCGGGAGGAGGCUCGCGGGUUCGCCAAGGCCAAGAGCGUGGCCGCCGACAUACACGUCGCCAGCACUAGUACGUCUAAUGAGAUCGAUCUCCACGGUGUCGAGGUCGCCGACGGCGUUCGUAUCACGCGAGAGCGCGUCUGGGACUGGUGGAACAACUUGGGCGAGUACCGCUCGAGGAAAGCACAGGAAGGCUUCACGAUUGUCACGGGCCGGGGUCUCCAUAGUGCUGGAGGCGUCUCGCGCUUGAGACAGGGUGUUAUCGCCGCCCUAGUCAACGACGGUUGGAAGGUCUCGGUCGGGACGGGAAGCUACCGGGUGACGGGACGACGUUGA